AUGGCGACCCGAGUCUCGCCCUCGGUUGAGACGCUUUUGCCCAGCCUUCGCUUUGGCCUGGGUGCCGACCUCAGCGAGCCGCCGAUCUUUUCCACAAACCAUUCUGUCGUCUUCCGCACCUAUUCGCAGCGCUAUCGAGGUUUGGUGGCGGUGAAGGUGAUCAACCGGAAGGCGCUUCCCGCACACAUUGCCGACAAGUUUUUGCCGCGCGAGCUAGAAGUCACCAACAAGGUCCGCCAUCCGCAUCUGCUCAAAUGCCUCCACAUCGAAUCGCCAUCGCCGACAAAAAUCAUAAUCGUCUCGGAAUUCUGCACCCGCGGCACCCUCCUUCAGCAUAUCCUCAAAGAAGGCGCUAUCCGAGAGGCCCCGAUGGGUGCACGGCUUUUCCGCCAAUUGAUCGAAGCCGUCAACUAUCUGCACAGGCACGAAAUUGUUCACCGCGACAUCAAGCUCGAGAACAUACUGAUCGACGGCAACGGCGACCUCCACUUGGCAGACUUUGGCUUUGCGCGUUUUCUGGAAAAGCGCCGGCGCGCGACUUCCUUCUGUGGCACCCGGCCCUACUCGUCGCCUCAGAUCGUCACCUACCAACCGUACGAUGGGUAUGCUGCUGAUUGG